AUGUGCGUGUCGACUUCUGAAUUCACUUGUAAAUUGAAUAACGAUUGUUUCGAUCAUUUUAAAAGAGAUCAAUUUCAAUUACGAUGUCAAGCCUGUAGAUAUAAAAAAUGCAUCGAUGUUGGAAUGAAUCCGCUUGCAUUGGAAUUAAAAAAAGGAGAAGACGAAUCUCCGAAUUACAAGAAACUUGUAAAAGUAGAAAAUAGAAAUGUUCAAAACCAUACGAUAACAAUUAUCAAAUCAAAAGAAACCCUAGCAAAAAAUGUUGUCGAAAUGCUGACUUAUCUAGAGUUGAAGUUGAACCAACUUCGGAUGUCAGCUUACAAUCCAACGUUCCCAGAAUACAUGAAGAGCUCAGAAGAACUUAUUACUCGUGGAAAUCCGUUCGGGUUAGCUGACGAACUUGGGCCAAUGAAGGGAUGGCCGAUAAACGAGCUCAAGAACCUUCCAAAAGUAUCAAGAAUGAGAUGUAUUCCUGAUUUGGAACUAAUUUUGAGUGAUAAAGAAACUUUUCCAGUUAUUCCUGUAGCAAAUGAAAAACACUGGUGGUUUUUCAACCUGCUCACUAUUGUUGAAAAUAUCAAAGCAUUCUCAAUCUUUCAACAAUUGGAUCUCUGGGAUCAGCUGAUAUUAAUUAGACACGUGUCAGUCGGACUGACGACGUUUCAUAUCAGUUACUUCACUGUUAGCAAUACAUUCCAGCUUAUCACGCAGCCAGAUGGAUCACAACACCCACACAGAUCAGAGGAGGGCUACCAAACAGUUUCUUCACUUAUUGGUCCAUUAUAUCGCAUUGGAAUUCAACACGAAGAGUACUUAUUACUGAAGGCAAUAUGUAUAUGUAAUCCAGCGAUUCCUGAUCUCUCAAAAUCUGCUCAAGUUCUAAUUGACAAGGAGCGAUGUCUGUUUUCCAAGAUUCUACUUGAUUAUUGUCUCAGAAAAAGAAAUGACGGCCCAAGCAGAUACGUGGAACUCAUUGGAAUUCUGGAACUUGUCGAGAUCCAACAGAAGAAAUUGAGAGAUAUUUAUUUGUUUUCGUUUGGUCCCGUGUUAGCUAAACUCCCCAAACAGUACACAAUUAGUUUGAUUGAAGAUGUUUUUGUGUAA